AGGAGCGAUCCCCGCCCCUGCGCCGCUGGCGCCAGGCACGAUCCCCACAAGUUCAAAUCUCACUUCUUCCAGCGCUCCUUCCUCCGCGUCCUGCCGCCGCUAGCCGUCGCGGAUACCACAACGCGCUCUUGUUGCCCUUCAACAAAAGAGAGCGACUCUGCCUCUGCCCCAAAAAGCACUGCCAUUGACUUUGCAUUUUCUCUCCUCGACAAAUCCUGUGCUCUGUACACGGCCUCUCCGUUUCCGUCAUGGCUUCUGCUUUGUGCCCGCGGCUGUUGUUACGUGCUCCCAAAGAGUUGCGCUGCCUGGUUGCCGCUACACAAUCGCACUCGAGGUCCUACGCCUCGGUUCCACCUAAAGCCCGCCUGAACGUGCCUACAGAUUUUUCCACUACUCCUCUGUUGAAUCACACCUCUUCUGCCGCCCUGUCCAACCCAGAGUUGCCCGAGAGCAUCCGGAAGUCGAGCAAGACCUCCCGUCUUACCCUCCAUGAGGCCGUCAAUGCAGCCCUUCGCCAUGCCCUUACCGUGGACGACUCCGUCCUCCUGUUUGGGGAGGAUGUCUCUUUUGGCGGCGUGUUCAGGUGCAGUGCUGGCCUUGCCGCAGACUUUGGCUCGGCCCGCGUCUUCAACACGCCGCUGGUCGAGCAAGGCAUCGUCGGCUUUGGCAUCGGUGCCGCUGCAGAGGGCAUGAAACCUGUCGCCGAAAUCCAGUUCGCCGACUACGUCUAUCCGGCUUUCGACCAACUGGUGAACGAGGCUGCAAAGAGCAGAUUCAAAGCGGGCACUACACGCAUGCACUGUGGCGGGCUCGUCGUGAGGAUGCCGACGGGUGCAGUCGGUCAUGGUGCUUUGUAUCACUCCCAGUCUCCUGAAGCUCUUUUUUCACAUAUUCCCGGCCUUCGCGUUGUCAUCCCUCGCUCGCCCAUCCAAGCCAAGGGCCUUCUCCUCACUUCCAUCCUCAAGUGUAACGACCCCGUCGUAUUCAUGGAGCCCAAAAUUCUCUAUCGUGCUGCUCGCGAGGAGGUUCCACUUGAUCCGUACUUUCUGCCCCUUUCACGUGCCGAGAUUCUCAAGGAAGGCACCGAUGUGACUAUCAUCUCCUACGGCACACCGCUCUACUACUGCCGGAAUGCAAUCGCUGCCGCUGAGAAGGACCUAAAAUGUUCCGUGGAGCUCAUUGACCUUCGAACCAUCUAUCCGUGGGAUAGAGAAACCGUUUUGAAUAGCGUCAACAAGACUGGUCGAGCCAUCGUCGUGCACGAGAGCAUGAUCAACGCCGGUGUGGGCGCUGAGCUUGCGGCCACUAUUCAGGAGAAAUCGUUCCUGCGUCUUGAAGCUCCCGUUCAGCGCGUCGCUGGAGGUUCUGCGAACAUCGGUUUGGCGUUCGAAAAGUGGCUAAUGCCGGAUACAGUCCGAGUUUACGACGCAAUAAAGAAGGCUUUGAACUACUAGCAUUGAAAUGACAAACUAAUUAGGCAGACACAGUGUUCUUACUGGAGGAGAAUUUCGUGUCUUUCACUAAUCCCCCUAAAUGGAGACUUCUUCACUGCACAUUCGCCGCACCCGAUCCUGCGAAACGCGUUGCUGGACGUUUCCGCGUGCUCCAAGAGCAGAAACUGGUCCAUCUGGCUGCCGUCGGUCAUCCACAUGCCAAGGCAGAAGGCCCACAUGCGGUCCUUGUGCUCUAGUACCCCCUUCAAUGAUCCCCGCUGAAGUGGAAGCGGGAAGACGUCUGAAAGGUCUUCAGUAUCUUGUACAGUCCGUUCUAACGAUAACCUUUCCCCACAAGAGUCAAACAACCGCGCCCAUUUCGGGUUAAUGUGUCUCCAUUCUCUCAGCAACUCCUCAUCCUCUGGCUCGUGAUCCAAAACAACACUAGAAAAUCGCUCCGCUCCACUAAGGUCAACGAUGCCGUUCUCGUCUCUCUGACUAGUACGUAUCCUUCGCAAUCGUACCUCCACAAGGACACCGUGUAAAGUUAUGCUUCCAUGUUUCAGUGUCAUAAAGUCGUCAUCACCUUCGUUAUUGAAGUCGACUCCAGCAACCGUUGGCCAAGGGUCUGCAAACUCUUCAAAACCCACAACAGGCCUCUGGAGAUAGAACGUUCCUCUUGGGUAAGCUACUGCGCCGGAGAUCGUCACCCAAGUCCAAGACGGACCAGGCCGAUACUUUGCACUAUUUGCAGGAGGUAGAUCUGUCCUCCGUCUCCAUGAGAGAUGCACCACAAGUCUGCUCGUCCACAGUCCGCACAUGUACCGGGCAUCGGUCAUGUAACGUGCCAUCUGCUUUGCCAGUCCUGCAAUAGCCGGAAGUCGAUCCGACGUGAAGGUGAGAUCAAGUUGGGAAUAUUCCUCCACAGCGGCGCACCAGCGUUCGGCGUACGCAUUUUCAUGCCCACCAACACCUUUGAACAGUCCUUUUCCGAGUGCAUUGGCGUGUUGUAGUUUUGGUGGAUGACUUCGGACACUGCGACUCGCUGCACCGACUUGUUUCCUACAAUAGCACUCAAUGCAAGAACUGCAUUCGAAGAUCAAAUCCAGGUGACCAAAGUGGAGAAUCCGCGGGGAGAGUAGCCUCUCUUGGAAAACCCACCCACGAGUGAGGAGCGGAAGUUGUACAGAGGGCAUGGGAUGCUCAGAAGAGCCUCGGACGAAUACGACGGUAGACUGAUUGGCGGCCUCCACAAGAGAAAGAAUUGCUCCAGGUUCAUCGGGCUUAGCUUUGUGAAAGCCAUCUGUCACGUAGCCCACAAGGAACGGUGGUGGGUUUGUGAAACAUCCGGAAUCACUGUUCUCCGCGACACUAGCUGCUAGAGUUAUAUACGAAUUUUCAUAGAUGGACGCCAU